CAUCAGUUAUGAGGGAGGCACCAGUAAAGUGGCGUACCCCAGGCGCCACUCGUGUUCGCUACGGUAUUGGCAGUAUCGAAACCUGAACGACCAAUAAGUUUUGUACUUUUUCCGUGGUGUAGUUUUCACAUAACCUAACCUAACCUAACUAUAAUAUACGUAGAAAUGUAAGCAUGCCGUACUACUUUGUUUUCGGUAACGAGGUUUACCUUAACGCUUCGGCGCAUCGAUCUAAGACAAGGCUCUUAUAGGUCGCCCUGUCCAGUUGCAGCUGUUUAGCUGCGCACCGGGUGACACACUGCUGUGAGGCGCCAGUCUCCGACCGCUCCUCCCCAACGUGAGUCGAGGCGCGCACGCGACCAUCGACCACACGCCGGGUCGAUAUUCCCGCGAGGGUAGCUCGCCGCCGGCGUGGCCAACCGCUGGCUUCAGUGUGGGACGCACCCGCCAGCGGACGGCCGCCCAUGUUCCGCUUUCUGGACGGUGUGCUCGUCAAGUUCGCCGAGCGUGAGCUGCAGCUGCACGUACGCCUCGAAGCCCUGCAGAGCCAGAGGGAUAAUCUCGCUAAACAGAGGAUUUCAACAGGGGAUACAAUAGAAGUUGCUGAUGCAGAAAGCUUGCAUGAAAGAAGACUGAGAGCUACACAGAGGAAUAAAACGUUACUGAAGGAGCUGGAGGUGUCCGCGGCGAAGCUGAGGUCCCGCACCUGCUACUGCCCCACCGACUCACAGCUGGCCGCCCUGCUCAAGCGCUACUGCGACCACGUGUCCAGGUAGCGGACGCCGGUAUGCAGCAUCAGCAGCAGCAGCAAGUGUGCUGGCUCGGCCCGCCGCUGGACUACUCGUUCCGCGGCCUGCGCGCCGUGGAGGAGCUGUCGGCCAGGGGGCCACGGCGCGGUCGGCGCGGCUACCGCAGGGCGCCCACUGGCCACUACCGCUGCCAGGCGCUGCGCCUCAACAACAACGCCAUAGCCUCCGUGCAGGGGCUCUUCUCUGUCGCCCGCCUGGUGCUGGAGAAACCAGGACAGCUCACAUGGCUGGACCUGUCGUUCAACCAGCUUUCGAGUCUGCCUGAUGACCUGUGCCACUUCUUGGGGCUGAAGAUCCUGUACCUGCACGGCAACCGGCUGUCCGAGCUGUCGCAGGCGCUGCGCGUGCUGUCGCGUCUGCCGCAGCUGUACAGCCUCACCCUGCACGGCAACCCCGUCCAGCAGAGACCCGACUACCGCGCCGCAGUGCUCGCCGGCCUGCCAGCGCUGCGCUGCCUCGACUUCACCAACGUCACCGCGUCCGAGAGGGCCGCCACCAGCCCGCGGUGACUCAUUUUACCACUCCAGCUGGAAAGCCUACCCAGCAGUGG